AUGGCACGCUUUCACUUCAUCGUUAAAAUAGUUAAAGUAUUUCGCUUUGCCUUCAGCGUUUUAGGACUUUUGCAGCUGAGCUUCAAUAAAUCACAAAAAUUAUAUCAGCAUAAAGCCAACUGCUGCCGAUUUGUCACGGCCAUCUUUAUAGUAUUGAUACUCUUUCUUUAUAAUUUGCUCAGCAAUGCAGUGGAAAAAGAAAAUAAGCUAGUUAAUGACCUGAAUAUAGAAAGCAGACCUGCGAACAGUGAAUUGAGAAGCGAACGAUUCUUCAGUAUAUUUAUAUUUCUCAGCCUAGUCUGGUCUUGGGCUAAAAAGAAUCAGCUGUGGAAUUUGGUAAAUGAAGCCCAAUUGACAUACAAACAAAUAAAGUCCUUGCUGGGAAAACAUCUGAACUUGGAGUGUUCUUGGCUGGUUUUGGUUUACAGCAUUUUUCUGCUGCUUUUACUUGGAGUUUUUGGUGCAAAAAGUCUCUAUUAUGAUUUGCCAAAACUGGUUGAUGAACAGAAUAUCAUCACCUUGGAUGGGCUCCUUCAAUUAUUAAAUUUGAUAAUGGGUUUGCCACGACUUAUAAUUGUCCUGACUAUAUCGCUGCAUAUCCUGUAUCACCUCAUGAAUGCCAGCUGGCUGCAAUCGCUGAUUGAACUGCGUUUGCACAGAAACCUACAGUUGUAUCAGUUUCAGCUGAAUAUUCUUAUUCCUUCUCACAAAAAGUUGAAUAUUUUGGCUGGCUAUUAUUUUCGAAUGUGUUAUAUAUGCUUCUUGUAUAUGUUGGCCUUCAGAUUCAAUCAUUUCUUGCAGUACUGUGUCUUUGAUUCCAAUCAAGUUACACACAAGACGCAGUAUGACUUGGAAGACGAAGCCAUUUGGGCUGGUCAAGAUAUAGACAAUUUGACAAAUCCCAGGGAUCAGCUGAUUAAAUCUUUGCUUAUAUUAUCCUGGCACUUGGCUUUGGUGAUGUUGCUCCUGGCUUCAGCUUACAUGCAGCAGAAUGAAUAUUUAAGAUUAAUGCAAGAAAGCUGGAAUUUUAAAACAGAUGAAAAUAACUCAGAAGUAAAGGCUUUUCUAGCUGAGAAAUCCUGGAAGGGACACACAUUUAAGAGAAUGGAUAUAUUGGACAUAAUGUUCCUUUCAGGAGUCUCAAUUUGCGACCAUCAACCGGUUUCUAUUUGCUUUCUAACCGACAGGUUUAGGAAAAAGAACCCGACCUAUCUCAAUUUGGAUUUUAUCGCAGGACACUUUAGGCUCUUUUUCAAUGUGGUGAUUUCAUCUGGCAUUGUCUACUUUGCGCAGCAAAUGGAACUUCGGAAAUUGCAGGAAUACCUCCAGCAGGAAGGCUAA